AAGGAACUCUGGCUAGACUCACUCCUCGGGCAAACAAAAGGGCCCAAGGAAACCAGAGUGACCAGAGUUCCCUCGAUCAAACUCCUAAUGAAAGUGUUAAGCAGCUGUAAUACUUCAAAGACACUAAAUGCUGGGAACAUGGAGAGUUUGAUCGAGUGCCAGUCAGAGGCCGAGGCCAAUCAAUGCCCCCUCUUGGUUCCAUCAGAAAUUGAAGAGGGACUUUGUCGCUUGACAGCAGAUGGAAAUAAGAAAAGAAAGAAGGUAAUAUCAUGGCCAUUUGCUCUGCGACGAACCUCUACCAAUGGAGACUGCCCAGGGCAGCUAGAUUCUGGCCUCAAGAUCCCUCUCUUUGGCCAGCCUCUGGCAAUUAUUUGUGAGGACAAUGAAAGACUGCCCCAACCAAUCCAGGAUCUCCUAGCUAUCUUGUAUAGGGCAGGCCCUUCCACCGAGGGGAUCUUCAGAAAAGCUGCCAAUGAGAAGGCCCGCAAGGAGCUGAAGGAGGACCUAAACAAAGGCAUACAUGUUGAUCUGGAGGGCAAAUCAGUGCACCUGUUGGCUGUGGUCUUGAAGGACUUCCUCCGAAAUAUCCCUUCCAAACUCCUGUCGGCCGAUCUGUACGAGAGGUGGAUCCUAGCUCUGGAGAAGCCAGCCAAGCAGGAAAAAAUUGAAGGCUUGAAAGAGGUGGCUGACAAACUACCCAGGCCAAAUCUUCUCUUGCUCAAGCAUUUGCUUGCUCUGCUCCACCGCAUUAGCCAAAGUGCUCAGACCAACAGGAUGGACUCCAGUAACCUUGCAAUCUGUAUUGGGCCAAACAUGCUGAGCCCAGAUACAAGCAACAUGCUCCCGCUGGAAGUGCAAAAAGAGAUGAAUGACAAGGUAUGUUGA